AUGGCAGCUACAGCAACUAGUAGAGGAGCUCAAACCAUGAAUUCCAUGUAUUUCAAGCCAAUGUUGAGGAAAGCGUAUCAUAGAAAAAGUCCAGACAUGAUAAGUGACACAAUCAAAUUGAACGGAGAGGAAGUGAAGAACAAGAACAUGGUGGCCGAAAAUUGUGAUGCUACUUGGUGGACUCCGGACUAUCGAACUGGAAUUUAUUACCCUAAGGGGCAAGAGAAGGUGAUGGAGGACGUCCCUCAAGAUGCCGGUAGGAAUUUCGGAGAAAUCAAUUGGGAUGAGAAAGAAAACCACGAGAUGUUCAAAACUAUGACAUGUUUUCACUCCUUUUGCACUGAUUGCACUGGAAAACAUGUCAAAACACAGAUUGAACUGAAUAGUUACCCUGUUACAUGUCCAGGUUUCAACUGCCAAAGCUUUUUGGAACCAGACUCUUUCAGGUCUAUCAUUUCAGCAGAUUUGAUUGAUCGUUGGGAGGCAGGACUGACUGAAUCAACAAUACCUAUUUCUCAAAAAUUUUACUGUCCUUACAAAAACUGCUCAGCCAUUUUGCAGAAUGACAACGGUGAAGAAGAAAUCAUUAGGGAAUCCAAAUGUCCAGAAUGCCAGCGCCUCUUUUGUGCACAGUGUAAAGUCCCUUGGCAUCCCGGAUUUAAGUGCACAGAGUUUCAGAAAUUCAAUGAAAAGGAAAGAGAUGAAGCAGAUCUGUAUGUGCGCAAACUGGCCAAGAAAAAGAAAUGGCCUAACUGUCCCAAUUGCAACUACAUUGUGGAGAAGACUGAGGGCUGCAUACACAUCACUUGCAAUUGUGGAUUUGAGUUCUGCUACACCUGUGGAUUAAAGUGGAGUGAGAGUAACCACUGGAACACUUGCCAGAGAGGGUGA